CAGAAAGACUGUACAUGUCAUCUUAACAUAAUUAGUUACCAAUAUAAUAACUACAAUAAACUAUUGAACUAUCUUGCUCGCAAGCUUACUUUUAUGUCUGAUCUAUCGUUAAUGAAGUCUAAAGACAUUUGUUAAAUUUUUAUUACAAGACUUUUGCUUAUGUUUUGAUAGAUUUCGGAGUUACAACCUGACUUAUUUUGCUCUUAUGGUUGUUUUAGAUGUUAAAUAUUUGAAAAAAGUGUGACAAUUUGUUUGAAGAUCGUUUUUCGUUUCGGUUCUGUUAUUCUCUCGGAACGAACCAAAAAAAAACCUUAUCCUUCAUAUUUUCUUCAUUGAUUAGUUAGCUUAUUGAUUUGACUCUCUGCUGACUUUUUGAAGCCAUCUUUUGAAGAGAACGACUUCCAGUUUUGGCACAUUCCAGAAGUUAAAGGGGGAAUUCUUACUUGAAGGGAAACUUACGAACUGUCGUACCUUUUUUUUUUAAAUUUAAAACCCUGUAUUUCAAAUGGGCUAUUUUUACUCUGUCAAUUCCUUCAAUUCUUGGCUUCCGAUGGACAAUUUCUGACCUUUUGAUAUUAAGCUUAACUCACAUUUUGGUUUUCAAUUAUCCCUUAAAUUUUUUACCUAAUUUAAUUACUAUUACAAGGAAAAUUUACAUAAACGUCUUCUGAAAACCAAUCGAGGCUUUGCUGAGAAGUGAUUGAACGAAAGCUUGUCAAAAAUAAUUAAACACCACGCUUGAGUUACAUUUUAAAUAAGUGUUACCACUCGCUCCUACCAUCGUCGGAUUGUGUCGGAUCGCGUCGAACAAAAGUUUCACUUUGAUUAAUUCACAUUUUAAUUUAAAAUUUAUCGUGUUUUCUGUUAAAAUUUGGUCAAGUUGUCGCUCGAUCUGGACAGAAAUCUCAAAGUUGCGUUAUUAUUACUGUUACUUCUAUUUAAUUGAUGAACUUUUGGACGAUAAAAUUGAAAAGACCGAAAAUAGAAUUUGCUUAUUAAACAGGUCUUCUUAUUUUGCAGCCUUGAAGGAACAUACUUGAUACGUUUGCAUUUGAAAAAGAAUUUCUUCUACUAAAUUUUUAUCUAGUAUUUUUUUUACCUUUGUACAGCCUAUCAAAAUUCAUCCAUAAGGUGAUGAUUUGGGAAAAAUGGAAACAGAUUUCAGAAAAGCGAUUCACUUGUUGACAGGAAACCAAAAUAGAAUAUAUCCCUCAAUUGUUUUUAAGCACAGUGACUGAAAACAAUAAAAAAUUGUAGAAACAUUGUAGCUUUUUCUUGACAUUUCUAUCAUUUUUAUAUAAAAAAAUCUCUGAUAUUUCUGGUGCCAGAAUGCACAAAAUUUAAUUGUUUCCCGAACUAAAACUGAUAUUAAAUUUCUAUAUGCUGAGAAAAUUCGAGUAUUACCCUGCACGUGAAAUACCAGCUUAGAUUUUUAUCCCGGAUUAGCAAAAAAGAACCGCCCCAACCCUAUUUUCAGCAAUUCUGGCUACGUGAUGAAAUUACCAGCGUAAUAAAGUCAAUAAAACUAUAUACCCUAUUUAGGGCUAUCUUCAAUUAUCGUUGAAUAUUUAUCCCUUCGGAAAUGAUAUACAACACUUCAUCUUAAUAGCUUUCAACCUGUUAGUAUUCCAAUCAGUAUCAUCCUGUUAAUCAGAUUUAUUUAUAGUUGUUGAAAUUUCUUCAGUUAACUUUCGUAAAACUUCAAUUUGACGAAAACAAAAAAGUUCAAAAACAAGUAGUUUAUUUUGAUCAGCACAGAAUUAUUGAUAUUGCUGAACUUAAAACCCUGAUUUCAUCAGCAAAUAGCGGCACAGACAACCUACAUUUUUAUUGAAUAUUAUUUCAGUCUCCUCCCAAAGUUUCUGAUCAAUAAAUACAGCUUUACUUUCCCGCUUCCCAAUUACUUUUUCCAAAUUAAAUUUACAUGUCCCUGAAGUCAUGGCCAACUACUGGCUGGCAUUUGCUGCCCUACUUCUUUACUUUGCUUCAUGUCUGGCAGUGUUAGCCGAGAAACAUAGGCCAGUCGGAACUUAUCGAGGAGCCGAACUGAUGUCUGAGAUUCUCGCGAACUCUUCCAAACAUCUUCGUCCGGUGAAUGACGCGUCUCACAGUACCGAAGUGGAGUUCAGGCUGUCGCUGUACCAGAUUUUAGAUGCUGACAGUGUGAAAUCAAAGAUACAUCUUCACUUUUGGGCUGAAAUGAUUUG